CAUGUUUGUAAACAAAAGUUAGAGUAUUAACUGCGUUAUCCGCUCUGCGUUGUAUUGCAUAGAAGCAUAAGAUGCCGAGGAUUUAGCAUUAAGUCAUGGCGCAUUAAUAAGAGCAGAGAGUGAUUUGACUUCACAAUAAACAUAGAAUCAGUAGCGAAAUAAAAUAUUGGUGAAGUUAAAGAGCAUCAUGUGUCAAAGUAUGGCGGCCUGUGUUCUAAGAUUUUCAAUAAUGUUUGGUAAAGAACUCUUUCUUUGCUUCGCUACAAUUCCGGAUUUGAAUACGAUAGCAGAAGAAGCCAAGACGUUUUUCUCUGACUCUCUCGUCGCGAUUAUAGGAAACAGUGAAAACAUUUUCGACACGGAAGCAGGUCAAAGGCAAAUGCGAGAAGGUGAAACAUCAGCGGAAACUGGAAAUCGAGACGAUGGUAGAGAGGGUUCGGCUGCAGGCACCAAGUCUACAAUGUGGACAUGUCUAAACAAAAAAAUUCAAGAAACUUUUCAAAAGUUCAAAAGACAUUGCGAGAGUGGAAAUGAAGACGAGGUUCCCUUCACGUGUUUACCGCGAUUCGUUUCCGAGACCAAAAAACAACACGACAGCAAGCAAGAUGAUACACUGAACUGUCAGGUAUCUCCCAACCAUGAAACACGUGUCAAAUUAGACGAGAUGAAAAUUGAAGAAAUCAAUGGAAAAGAUGGCUUAUUUGCUGCACCAGACGAAUUCAAUUCUGUUAGACGGAGGAUUCAUACUUUUGGAAACUCCAUGUUUGGGGAUCCGGAAGUUCAAAGAACUCUCGCCUCAUCAGGGUUUUACAGUCUCGAUGGACAAUCGAUACAAUGUAUAGGAUGCAGGAUUUCACAUGACAAAUGGGAUUUGGAAAAUGAUCCAACGGAUUCUUUAUGGCAUAGGAGCGGGUGUCGAUUUCUGUUACCAACGGCACGGAACGCUGGGCAACCAAACGGUGAGAAUCACCUUGGACGUUCUUGUUCCUUCUCGACAGCUGAUCUCGGAGCAGUUGGCGGAGAACAGGGUACAAGCCAUAGAGCUACCCGAGUGUUCUCUGAACCGAACCGCGUCCGUCGCUCAGCAACUUGUGGUGAUUUGCCUCUUAGACAAGAUGCACCCCAUGAACUGAUACUGCCACAUGGAAUAGAAAGAGUUACAUCAGACCAUUCUUUUGAACUUUUUCGGAAAUGUGGUAACUGUGGCCAAGACCUAUUGGGAGACGAAAAGGAAGUUUGUAGACAAUGUCGGAAGUGGAUUUGCAGCAGGCCCAAUUGCCAACAACAUGGACAGUGUUAUAUUGGCCGGGCCUCAUCGACAGAGAGAAGAAGCAAUGACCGAGACCGGACGUAAUGACUACUGAAGAGAAAUAUGUUUUAGUUAGUGUGUUUUCAUGAGCGAUAUUACUAGGACGGACUAGGACUCGCAUUCCAUAUAUGGUCAAUAAUGUGACGUCAUGGCGCGCCCUAUGACGUCCUACUUCUUCACCGGGUCCUCGUCCUACUGAGUCCUAGUAUUCAAGGCGCUUAUGCGUCAUUUUCCGUUAUAGCGACUUUCUAUGUUUCUCGCAGAUGACAUUUUUGUGGCCUUUCUUCGUGGGGGAUCCACCUGGGUUUAAAUCUGUCAGUUGUAACGUAAAUCUGUUGUAAAUCUGGCAUUGCAAGAUGCGGUAUUUUCAAUUAUCGUUAUGUAUAUCACCUAUACGAAAUGAUAUAUAAAAUGUGGUUGGGUAACUGAAAUCUUGAUUACACGAAAACAGGUCGCGAUUUUGUGACCUUGUCCGCACCAGUGCACGCGCCCGACUGCGUCCAAGUCCGACCUAGUAUGACCCAAUCAUGGAAACACACUUAAUGUCAAAUUGUCGAUCGCAUUCAUGUGUUUGAAUUUUGUAUAAUAACUUUUCGUAUGCAAAUUUGCUUUAAGCAAGAUCAGGCGUGUUCACUUAGAAGAAAAAAUUUUUGAGCGAUGUCAUCGGCGGCCACUGAAGUGCCAAGGGAACUACUGAAACGGAUUUCCCAUAGUAUGUGCAUCAAGAUGGCGCACAACAUGAUAACGAUAACUUGAUACACAUACUAUAAACUAUAUUUAAUUAUGGCAAAACAUUUUGCGUCAAUACAUACCAAUUGAUGCAAAACCUGAAGGGGUUUAAGUAAAUGCGAUGACGAAUAUUUUACUCUAUUAUUAUGUUUUAAGCCCCUGAUCCUUGCGUUCAUGGUCACUAAAUUACGUGUCGCAUGGCAUAAAAAUGAAAAAGAUUUAAAAUUGUAUAUUAACAUUGUGAAAUAUGAUCGAGAUAAUGCCAUAUUGGAUAAUGGUUAUUUCUUUAAUUUAAUUGUAAGAUUGCCUAAAAAGCAAGCAAAAAAAAUCAUAAUCAUAAACCUGUAAAUGUUGGUCUUCAAAGGUUGGGCCAGGGGUGGGCACGGUUUUUCGACCAGUGGUCAAAAAUUUUGCCUCCCCCCCCCCCUGACAUUUGUGUCGGAUUUUUUGACUUGAUGGGUGAUGGAUAACUAAGCUGACUCACUUCACAGUAUCAAGGAGUCGUCUCGCACAUAUCAAUCCCCACAGGACGGGAAUCGACGCAUAAUCAUAAGCUAUACGGUGGCAAACGUACAACCAUAUACCCAUGGGGCUACUUGAUUAUUAGGAAUAGUUUUUUAUUUGUUAAACCUUAAGAGUAUUUUCAAAUCGGUACUCCGUAGUCUGUGUACCAAGGCGAAUACCCUUUUAUUUUUUAUUUUAUUGAGUCAUAAGAUUAUUUUACAUCAUGUUAUGAGUGAGAUUUAGUUCAUUAGUAUUAGCAAGCUGCUAGUACCAUUUUCUUACAUACCCCAUUCCUUAGUUUAGUAAUUUAACCAUUUCCCCGGGUAUCGGUUCUUUACAUAAUAUAACCUAUUGGUACAUACACUUCUAGAUCGCCUUCAAAUCUCACCAGUUUUGACCAUGACACCGGGCAAAAUGUUUAUGCAUCCGUUGUAAAUACAUUCCUGUAUGUGUCAAAAUAUUGACCUCUUUCUUACAUUCCCCUUUCCUUAGUUUAAUAAUUUCACCAUUUUCCCGGGUAUCGGUUCUUUACAUAACAUACCAUCUGGCGAAAUCUUCAUACAUCCGGUGUAAAUACAUUCCUGUGUGUAUCAAAUAUCGAUAAAUUUUCCAAUUGUUUUAUCGGACACGUGGGGAUCAUUUCGUUAAUAUUAUUAUGCUGUUAUUCCUCUUCUUUGCGUUACUUUCUGAUGUUAUAAAAAAAUUACUGUUGAUUACUGGGCCAAUUGCUUUUAAAUUUUCAGUAGUUAAAGAUGGAAUUUUUCUCUAGAAGGGUAUUACUUUUAUAUAAUCCAAACUUUUCUAUGAAUCCCAUGAGAUUUGAUAUUUCAUCCAAAAUUUCGCUGUAUUAAUUUUUACUCAUGGGAACACUGUACCGCAUAUGAUUUUCGGGGAUAUUAUGUUUUGCCCUCCAUGUCCAAAUAUUUAAUCAUCGCUCUUUUUCUCAGUACUUAUAAAUUAUAUUUUUAAUUUAUAUCUCGUUUCGAGUGUGACUGAUUUUCUGGCGUUUUUUACGUUUCUAAAUACAAUGUAUUUUAUUAGGAAAGAAAGCGUAAAAGGUGUUAUUUUCAAACCUUCUCUUCAGCCUUAGAAUUAUAUGAAGUGCAAACAUAUUCCUACUAUUGUACAGUAAUAAAUUGCAAUUGUGCGUACACGUGGA